UUCUUCUUCUUCUUUCCUUCGCCUCUAAGGAAGAGGCGAUCGAGAAAGAGAAGAGAGCGAUAGAGUGCGGGAGAGGAAUUGAGGGGUUUGGACUUUGGAGAUUUUUUUUUGGAUCCAACUGAGGCUAAUAAUUAUGGAUUUUGGUGCCACACUUUUAAGAACGGCUACUGAAUCUGUGGUUUUCAGAUUUGGGAUUUUUAGUUGGCUCGUCACUGCUGGAUCAUUUGGACUUCUGGCUGUUGUUUAUGUGUUCCUAAAGUUGCAGAGGCAGGCAUCCGUGAACUGGGUUAAAGCCGCAGCUAGAGAAAAAAAGAAAGCAUGGGCACAUCUAAAAUGUCCAACUGCGCCUCAUGCAUGGACAGAAGACUGCUCUCAUAGUGGUCAACCAUCCACAUGUUUUGUUUGUUUGUAUUCAUUAGCCUCCCCACAAACUUGUGGUGCCAAUGGGACAGGGAAUGGUCUCAUUCACCGUUGCACUGUUUGUGGUGUUGCAGCUCAUUUUCACUGUUCUCAGUAUGCCACAAAAGACUGCAAACUUUCAGCACAAGCUGGUGCAUCUCACCUGCUGCAUCAUUGGUCGGAGAGAUGGGUGAACUCGGAUGAGAACCCUGAGAUGUCUUGUUUUUGCUGUUUCUGUGAUGAACUAUGUGGCAUACCUUUUCUUGGUGCUUCUCCCAUUUGGUGCUGCUUGUGGUGUCAGCGCCUUGUACAUGUUGAUUGUCAUGCCAAAUUACUGAAAGAGACUGGUAAUGUUUGUGAUUUAGGCCCUCUAAGAAGACUUAUCCUUUCUCCUCUUUCUGUGCAAAACCCAAAUGGGAGACAAACAACUAGUGGUAUGUUGAAUUCUAUCAAGGAAGAGAUAAUUGCUUCAUCAAUGAGGGGUGGCUUGAGAAGGCGGCAAAACCGAAGUAAAUAUGGCAACAACCAUCCAGUGCCUUCUGGAAUUCCUAAUAGUAAAUUGCAGAAUGAUGUGGAGGAAAACUCGCUAUUUGAAUCAAUGCUUAGAAGGCUUGCUGGAUGGAACAAGUCCAACAAAAAGAACAAUCAGGACGAUGGAUCAGCAAAUCUUAGAAGCACUAGCAAGGUUCUCUACAAGAAAAACAAGUACACUGUUGAUGUUGAUGGAAUAGACAAGUAUAAGGUGGUUGAUUUGCCGCAGGAUGCCAGACCACUUCUUGUUUUUAUUAAUGCCAAAAGUGGUGGUCAGAAUGGAACUUCUCUAAGAAGGAGAUUGAACAUGUUACUGAACCCUGUACAGAUCUUUGGAUUAAGCGCUAUGCGGGGACCUGAAGUUGCAUUGAAAAUGUUCCAUGAUAUCCGAUACUUCAGAGUUCUCGUCUGUGGUGGGGAUGGUACCGUAGCCUGGGUUCUUGAUGCCAUUGAGAAGGAAAACUUUGAAUCUCCUCCUCCUGUUGCAAUACUUCCACUUGGCACAGGGAAUGACUUGUCUCGAGUUUUACAAUGGGGAGGAGGCUUGUCUUCAAUUGAAGGGCAAGGUGGCUUAGAAGCCCUUCUUCAUGAUAUCGACCAAGCAGCACUUACUAUGUUAGAUCGUUGGAGUGUCACAAUUAAGGAACACAAUGUGGAGAAAGGCAAAAAUGUAAAGCAGUUGAAGUUCAUGACAAACUAUCUUGGCAUUGGAUGUGAUGCAAAGGUAGCAUAUGACUUCCACAUGACUCGGGAAGAAAGACCUGACAAGUUCUAUAGCCAGUUUGUAAACAAGUUGCGAUAUGCUAAAGAGGGUGCCAAGGAUAUCAUGGACAGAACAUGUGCUGAUUUACCAUGGGAAGUAAAGCUUGAAGUCGAUGGUCACGAAAUUGAAAUCCCAGAGGAUGCAGAAGGUGUGCUUGUGUUAAAUAUCAGUAGCUACAUGGGAGGGGUGGAUCUAUGGCAAAAUGACUAUGAGCAUGAUGAUGAUUUUGACAUGCAGUCGAUGCAUGAUCAAACACUUGAAGUUGUAUGCAUAUCUGGGGCAUGGCACCUUGGGAAACUUCAGGUAGGACUUUCAAAAGCCCGAAGACUGGCCCAAGGAAAAGUAAUAAGGUUACACAUGGACAGUCCCUUUCCUGUUCAGAUUGAUGGGGAACCGUGGAUCCAGCAACCUGGUUGCCUUGAAAUAAUGCAUCAUGGACAGGCGUUCAUGUUGAGGAGGGCAUCUGAGGAGCCUACUGGACAUGCUGCAGCGAUCAUGACAGAGGUCCUUGUAAAUGCCGAGUGCAGUGGCCUCAUCAAUGCUGCCCAGAAGAGAGUGCUCCUCCAGCAAAUGGCACUUCGUCUAUCCUCCUAAAAUCGACUCUCUCAUAUCAGCUUGUUGCGAUGGAGAGCUCAAGAAUAAGUCAUCCUGCAGCAUCACCAAUAUACUUCUUUAAACCCCUUUCAUAUGGGUCGUCAACUCAGAUAGUUUAGAAAAGAUUUUCCCGCAAAAGAAUGAGAAGUUUUUUUUUUAAUCCUCACAUGGUUAGGUUUUCCCAGGUGGGAGUGCAAGUUGAAACAUGCCAAAUUUUGUAAUUAGAUCGACACCAACGAAUAUGAGCUGGAUGGAUACAUGGAAAGGAAAGAAAUAGAUAAGAAAAACAAUUUUGAGGCU